AUGGCUGUAGAAGAAGCGGGCCAAAUGUACCAUUGCGACAACUGCCAGGUGAACGUGUCCGAUAGCGUGCGUAUCCGGUGCCACGAGUGCGAAAAGUUUGAAGAGUUUGAUCUCUGUGCGGCAUGCUUUGCCAAGGGUAUCGAGAUAGGUCGACACAAGAAAACGCAUUCAUACCGUAUCGUGAGAGCUUGGCAGCUGAUAGAGCAACACCGGUUCCCGAUUUUCACCGAAGACUGGUCUGCGGACGAAGAGCUGCUACUCAUCGACGGACUGCGGCAGUUUGGCAUGGGCAACUGGCGGGACGCGGCCGAGCACGUUGGCACCAAGACGAAGGAGGAGUGCGAGCAACAUUACAAGGACGUCUACGUGGCCUCGGAAGACUGGCCCAUGCCGGACAUGAACAAGACGUUCAGCGUGAAGUUUGCGCGCACCGCGUUUGAGAAGCGGCUCAAGUCGAAUCCGAACAAGAGCAAAGUGCUGUCGUCGCAGCCCAGCAACCACGAGAUCAUUGGGUACAUGCCCGGGCGGCUGGAGUUUGAAACUGAGGUGGAGAAUGAGGCCGAGCAGGUUGUUAAGGACAUGGUGUUCAACGACGAUGACUCGCCCGAGGAGGUGGAGCUGAAGCUUAUCGUCCUUGCCAUUUACAACAGCCGCCUUGAUCGGCGUGUCCGAUACAAGAACUUCAUAUUCGAUCGCGGUCUGCUCGAGUACCGCAAGACGCAGGCAGCUGAGAAGAAGCGGCCGAAAGACGAGCGCGAUAUCUUGAACAAAAGCAAGGUUCUUGCGAGGAUGCAGACGCGCGAGGAUUUCAAUGAGUUAUCGACGGGUCUUUUGAACGAGCAGACGCUGCGACAUCGCAUUGCGCAGCUGCAGGAGUGGCGCCGCAAUGGUAUCACCACGCUCGAGGAUGGAUCGCAGUACGAGGUGGAGCGGUCGCAAAGGCUGUCGCGGCGCGCAAACACACUGCGCGACAGCGCACAUCUGCUCGAGCGGCUGCAUAGGAUCGCGGCGGCUCGGGCUGUGCGGGAGUCGGGGCCUGAGCAGCACAAGGCCGGCCAUUAUCACGGCGCGCGCAAGCCCAACCAGGCGUCACCCGACAUCGAGAGCGCCGAGGGCGUGGAGCUGCUGACCAAGAGCGAGAAGGCCAUGUGCCAGAAGCUCCAGGUGUUCCCCAGACCCUACCUGGUGGUCAAGGAGACGCUGCUGUCAGAGUAUGCGCGACGGGGAUCGCUGAAGAGGCGCCAGGCGCGGGAGCUCGUCAAGAUCGAUCCAGCGACAACCAACCGGAUAUACGACUUUUUUGUCGAUAGCGGGUGGAUCAAGACGCCGGAGCAGGCUGCUGAGGUGCUGGCUACUGCUGCACGUGCUGCCGCUGCCAAGCUCGCGCCUGUGGACACGGCCGCUACGGCUGCCUCUGCCGAGUCGGCAGAGCCUGCUGCAGCUGCUGCAACUGAGCCUGCAAGUGCAGCUGCUUCUGCUGCGCCUGCCAUCAACGGCCUCGCUGCAGCGAGCACUGUAGCCAGCACUUCCUGA